UAUAUUUUUCGGUGAAAAAUCUUCGCCUCGUUAAAUCGUUAUAAGUUUUACAUAAAAAUUUAGUUUUAACAAGUAUCUCCAAGGCCAAUACAACAAAUCAAUCAAUUUGUAGAGAUUUAUGUGAGUUUUUCAAAGAUAUUCCAUAAAACUGACUACAAAAAUGGGUGAUCCACAAGGAAGUGUUGGCAUAAAACGUCAAGCUACACCCAACACACCCGAGUCAGAGCCAAAGCAACCACGAAUUGAUGUUGAUGAUGAUACUACCAUUGAUGGAUUGAAUCUGACGAAUCUCAUCGACGACUUUCUGGAGCAAAUUUUCCGGUACUUGGAUCCAGUCGAUUUCGUCAGCAUAGCCCAUACCAGCAAACAACUGAAGUCAGCCGCCGACAUGGCAUUCAAGCGAAAAUUUGGCAAGAUGGAAAUCAUACUCGACAAACGAGCUCGAUUUUUCGAUACAAAGAGCUCAACCAUCAGAAUCACCGACAUAAAAACAUCAUUGCAAUUACUGCGUUGUUUCGGCCACCUAAUCACCAAACUGACCAUAAAGCACUCUCGUGACUUUUGUCCAAAAUUGAUCAGCUACUCAAGUGAAUACAGCUUCAAUUCACUGUCUGUCAUCCGGAUCUAUCGAUCUUUCAUCAAAAAUGACUUGCUCAUUAAGCCAUUCGCCAAGGUUAAAGAGGUGGAAUUUUUUGUGUGCGGACUGUCUUUGGAUAUGGAUCUCAACAAAUGGUUUCCGGCAAUUCGCCGCUUGGAUUUGAUCGAGUGUUCGCUUGCCAAUAAACUGUUCAUUGUAAAAAAUCUACCACAUUUGGAGUACUUGGAAUUUAGUGACUACCGUCACAUUCCAGCCGAACAGGUUUUACGUUGCAUACAUCAAAACCCACAAUUACGUACCUUACUUUUGGCUGGAGUCAAAGUAUCCGAACAAUUCUGGAGCACGUGCCAACUCCUUUCGCGACUGGAGUGCCUGAGCAUUCAUGAUUACUUCGAUGAUCUAUUCCCGACACCGGUUGACACAGCGGCCAAGUUGAAUGCACCGAAGAAACUGGAAAUUUCGUUCAGAAAUGAAAAUGAUCUACGUGUGAUGACAUCACAGAUAUCGUUCAAUCAUCUGACGGACAUCACAUUGAAUUUUGGUUGGGUGCGUUUGGUGACCACAUUCCAAUGGUCGAAGUUUUUCAAGAAACAUCAAUCGAUCGAAAAGGUCACACUGGGAUUGAGAGACAACGGCAAUGUCAAUAUCGACGAAAGCAUUGUAAAUGAAAUCGCAUUGGAACUGCCGGGACUGAAAGAAUUCAACAAUUUUGCUUGCUAUUCGUCGAUUCCUCGAGUACUUCGUUUCAUGGCCAAAUUUAAAUUGAUGAGCUACGGUUUCACUCUCAAGAACGAGUUCGAAUUUGACGAGCUCAAGGGACGUCUGGGCAUAGAGUGGCAUACAUCGAUCAAUAGUACGCGAGUUAAAGUGAAUCGCAAGAUGUAAUGGACGAUUUUUUUCAAUGUUUGUAUAACAGACAGCCAAGCUUCAAGACACCAUAGCAACAAUUUCGGAUUUUUUGCAAAA